AUGGCCUUGCGUGAAAAGAACCAGAUGUUUUUCGAAUUGGACCUCGACACCAGAAUGGCUGCUGAUUGUUUAAUUGCUAUGUCGAAAAGCCAGAAUGAUCACACAUAUGUGCUGACUUGUGCCUCUCCUAAAGAUAAUCAGGUUAGUUUCAGCAGACACAUCGAAGCCACGAUGAAGCAGGAGUAUAUGGAAGAAGAGAAUCAAGGCCAUUUGGAGCGCUGUUCUGAUUAUUUGCCCAUCACUGACAGUCUCAACGCCUGUAUGGUGGCCAGGAUUUUGGCAGAUCUUAAAUCAAUCAAACAAGACAAUAACUAUCACGACGAUUUCAGUAUUACCAAUUCAGGAGCCAGCUCUGUAGCAACAUUUGAAAUUACGUCAAGUGCAAAACGGAGAACGGCCACGCCUACUCAUCACACUAAAAAACUUCUAAACGGCGCAUUUACAAAGGCAAGCAGCAUUCUUGGAAAGAAAGUUCACACCUGUACACACCAAGGUUGUGGCAAAUCAUAUAACAAAAGUUCUCACUUGAAGUCUCACAUCAGAACCCACACAGGGGAGCGCCCAUUUGAAUGUAACUGGGAAGGGUGUGAGAAGAGAUUUGCUAGAUCUGAUGAGUUGACACGCCACAAGCGGACACAUACAGGAGAAAAGAACUUCAGGUGUCCAAUGUGUGAGAAGAGAUUCAUGAGAAGUGACCACCUUAAAAAGCAUGCCAAACGCCAUGCAUUAUUCCAAACUGGCAUGGUUGGUUCCAGCGAUCCCCAAAUGAUUUCAUCAUUGCACCAUCCAGGUGAAGUGUCAAGAGAGUUUCAACUCACGCCCAGUAAUCUCCACAAAAAAUACAGACACCUUCAUUGGUCAAAAUCUCACCAUGAUUGUCUCAUUUCUUAUGGUAACUUUAAUUUUAAAUCCGCUGUUGUAUUUUUUUUUAGCAUGCUUGGUUUGUCUUCCUCUUAA